AUGGCGCUGCUCCGCGUCCUCUGCCUGCUCGCCGCCCUGAGACGGAGCCUGGGCACCGACACGGAGGAGCGGCUGGUCGAGUACCUGCUGGACCCGGCCCGCUACAACAAGCUGAUCCGCCCAGCCACCAACGGCUCCGAGCUGGUGACCGUGCAGCUGAUGGUGUCGCUGGCCCAGCUCAUCAGCGUGCACGAGCGGGAGCAGAUCAUGACCACCAACGUGUGGCUGACUCAGGAGUGGGAGGAUUACCGCCUCACCUGGAAGCCCGAGGACUUCGACAACAUGAAGAAGGUCCGUCUGCCCUCCAAGCACAUCUGGCUGCCGGACGUGGUGCUCUACAACAACGCCGACGGCAUGUACGAGGUCUCCUUCUACUCCAACGCGGUGAUCUCCUAUGACGGCAGCAUCUUCUGGCUGCCACCCGCAAUCUACAAGAGCGCAUGCAAGAUCGAGGUGAAGCACUUCCCCUUCGACCAGCAGAACUGCACCAUGAAGUUUCGCUCCUGGACCUACGACCGCACCGAGAUUGACCUGGUGCUCAAGAGCGAUGUGGCCAGCCUGGACGACUUCACACCCAGCGGUGAGUGGGACAUCGUCGCACUGCCGGGGCGGCGCAACGAGAACCCCGAUGACUCCACCUACGUGGACAUCACUUACGACUUCAUCAUCCGGCGCAAGCCGCUCUUCUACACCAUCAACCUCAUCAUCCCCUGCAUCCUCAUCACCUCUCUGGCCAUCCUCGUCUUCUACCUCCCUUCUGACUGUGGCGAGAAGAUGACGCUCUGCAUCUCCGUCCUGCUCGCCCUCACCGUCUUCCUGCUGCUCAUCUCCAAGAUCGUGCCGCCCACCUCGCUGGACGUGCCGCUGGUGGGCAAAUACCUCAUGUUCACCAUGGUGCUGGUGACCUUCUCCAUCGUGACCAGCGUGUGCGUCCUCAACGUGCACCACCGCUCGCCCACCACGCACACCAUGCCGCCCUGGGUCCGCACCCUCUUCCUCCGCAAGCUCCCAGCGCUGCUCUUCAUGAAGCAGCCGCGGCAGAACUGCGCCCGGCAGCGCCUGCGCCAGCGCCGGCACACGCAGGAGCGCGCCGCCGCCAGCCUCCUCCUCCGCGCCGGCGCCCGCGCCUGCGCCUGCUACGCCGACCCCGGCGCCGCCAAGCCCGAGGGGCUCAACGGCUACCGGGAGCGGCAGGGGCAGGCGCCGGCCCCGGCGGCCCAGUGCUGCUGCGGGCUGGAGGAGGCGGUGGACGGCGUGCGCUUCAUCGCCGACCACAUGCGCAGCGAGGACGACGACCAGAGCGUCAGCGAGGACUGGAAGUACGUGGCCAUGGUCAUCGACCGCCUCUUCCUGUGGAUCUUCGUCUUCGUCUGCGUCUUCGGCACCGUCGGCAUGUUCCUGCAGCCGCUCUUCCAGAACUACGCCACCAACUCCCUGCUGCAGCUGGGCCAGGGCACCCCCACCGCCAAGUAGCCCCCGCCGCCGCCGGCACCGCCGCCGCGGACCACGACCGCCCCAGCCCUGGCACCGCCCGCGGGGCCAGGGGGGCCAGGGCCAGGCCCGGGUUUGGCCCCCUCCCCGGCAGUGGGGCCGCGGACGGGUCCGGCCGUCAGAGGCGCCACCCGGGCGAGCUGGACCGGGACCGCGACGC